UUCUGUCAAAGAUGCUCGAGGGGAGAAGAAUUUCGUAUGAAGAGGACGGCGACUGCCCGCCUCCAUCGCCGCCUAAAGCAGGGGAAACUCCAAGGACGUUGAUGAUGGGAAUAAGCGAAGGACAUUCUAAAUCAGAACAACAACCGCAGCCGGAUGAGAAGCAACAAAUCCACGUUGAGAAACUGAGGAAGCGGUCGAGGCAGGAGUAUUUGAAGACGAGAGAGAAGAAGAAACUGGAACAACUCAUAAAUGAUGUACAAGACCAGGAAUACUUAUUCCAAGGCGUCGAUCUCACUAGUGACCAGAGGUUGAAGAGACAGAUCUGCGAUCUCGAUCUCGUUGGAAAGAAAAUCGAUUGCUCCAAAGAAUAUAGGAUUCCUGAAUCUUAUGAUGGAAAUCGCCGAAAGGGAUUCGAUGCAGCAUUGCAGCGUUACACCGAUUCAGAUUCAGAUCCAGCUUGGGAGGAGCACCAAUUCGGAAAAGCAAUUAUGAAACAUCAGAAGAAGAAUUUCGAUUACGAGCUUGUGUUUGAACAUCAGAUCGACUCUGUUAAGACGGAAUUGAUCGACAGCGGUGAUGGAAUUGAGGAAGAAUCGCCAUUGCCAGAGCUGGAAAGCGAGAGGAAGAGUUUGCCUAUCUACGCCUACAAGGAACAGUUGAUGAAGGCGGUGCACGAUCACCAGGUGCUUGUGAUCGUAGGUGAGACCGGCUCCGGGAAGACGACGCAGAUACCUCAAUUUCUCGACGAGGCGGGAUACACGCGGCGAGGAAUGAUCGGAUGCACGCAGCCGCGGCGCGUGGCGGCCAUGAGCGUUGCCGCUCGAGUUGCUCGAGAGAAGGGGGUGAAACUAGGGCACGAAGUCGGCUACUCGAUUCGAUUCGAAGACCGGACAUCGAAGAAGACGGUUCUGAAAUACAUGACGGAUGGGAGGUUACUCCACGAAUUCCGUCAACAGCUUCGCAAAGAGCCGAUUCUCGCGAGCUACAGUGUGAUAAUGGUGGAUGAGGCACAUGAACGAACAGUCAAUACAGACAUUCUCUUCAGUUUGCUCAAGGAUGUUGCUCGAGCUCGUCCCGAUUUCAAAUUGCUCAUCUCCAGCGCAACUCUCGAUGCAAUCAAGUUCAGUGAUUACUUCGAUUCCGCCCCAAUUUUCACCAUUCCCGGAAGGAAAUUUCCGGUUGAAAUACUUUACACUAGGGCACCGGAGCCAGAUUACUUGGCUGCUGCUGUUGCUACUGCUCUUCAAAUUCAUGCCACGGAGGAGGCCGGAGACGGAGACAUCCUUGUUUUCUUGACAGGGCAGGAGGAGAUUGAGGCGGCAGAGGUAAUUGUUAGUGAAAACAUUAAAAAGAUGGGAUCAAAUAUGUUGUGGAUUGUGGCUUUGCCAAGAUGAAGUCAUACAGUCCUCGGGUGGGAAUGGAGUCGUUGGUGGUGGAGCCUAUCACGAGAGCAUCAGCGAAUCAACGGGCUGGGAGAUCUGGUAGAACGGG